AUGAAUGUUUUAGAUGUUUUAAAAAGAUGGUUUAUUCUUGUUUUUUUUAUGUUACAACGUUUUUUUGAAUUUAAAUCAAAAAUAACCAAAAAAAGUUUCAUUAUUUUUGGAUUGCCUUCAUCUGGAAAAACAUCCAUAAUAUAUUUUUUCAAGCUUGGAUAUUUAAUAACAACUGUAAGUACCCUUUUUAUUAAUGAAGAGAAUUUCAAGAUAAAUUUAAAAAUUGAAAAAGACGACACGAAGGAACAAAAUUAUGAUAUUACAUUUUAUGAAGUUGGAAAAAAUUGUUCUUAUAAUUUAAUAAAAGAAUAUUCAGAUAUAUCUAAUGAUGUUAUAUAUAUUGUUGAUAGUGUACAAAAAGGAAACUUAAGUGAAGCAAGAGAUGAUUUUAUACGUAUUCUUUAUGAAUUUAGAUUUAUUUAUAGAAAAUGUAAAUUUCUGAUUUUUAUGAAUAAGCAAGAUUCUAAUGGAUGUUUGUCAUCACAAGAAAUUAUUAACUUUUUUGCUUUACCAAAAGAUUUAUUAAUAAGAUGUAAUUUUAUAUCUUGUAGUACUUUAUCGGGUCAAGGAUUAAAAGAGGGCUUAGAAUGGUUACUCUAUUAUAAUCUACCUUUUUAUAAUAACGAAUUAAAUUGUAUUGAUAGAAGAACUGCUACUAAAUAUUUGGAAUUAUAA